AUGAAAUCAAUUUCUUUUAUUUGUUUAUUAAUUAUUGGAUUUUUAUUAAUUGGAAAUAGUUUUGCUAACGAUUCAAUUAAAUCAGAUGAAAUCACAUGUAAUUUGUGUAAUGCUAUUGUAGGAUUUGCAGAAAAAUAUGUUACUACAAAUGCUACUGAACAAGAAUUAAUUAAAAAACUUGAUGACUAUUGCGGAAUAUUACCAUCAGAAUUUAGUCAAUCUUGUGUUGAAACAGUUAAUAACUAUGGUGUAUUAAUUAUUAGAUUAUUAAUUAAUAAAGAAGAUGCAGAUAAUAUUUGUAUAAUGAUUGAAUUAUGUCCAAAAUCAUCAUCAUCAUCACCAUCAUUAUUUUUAAUUAAUGAGAAUAAUAGUAAUAGUAAUGGCACAGAUUGUGAAAUUUGUACAUUCAUUACUAAAUAUGCUGAAAAUUUAUUAGAAGCAAAUAAAACAAUUGAAGAUAUUGUAAAAGUUGUUGAUGAUUUCUGUAAAGUUUUACCAUCUCAAUAUAAGACUGAUUGUGUUGCCAUGGCUUCAAAUUAUAUUCCAGCAAUUGUUAAAAUGUUGGAGAACAAUUAUAAUGCAGAACAAGUUUGUCAAAAGUUAAGUUUUUGUUUACCACCACCACCACCAUCAACUGAAGGUACCACUCUAUGUGAUCUUUGUUUAGAUUUCGCUAAUGAUGCUAUUGAAAUUGUUGAAAAUUCAGGUGAUGUUGAAGCACAACUUUUAAAAGAAUGUAAAUACUUUUUCUCAUUCAUACCAACAAUUGAAAAUCAAUGUGAAAAAAUUAUAAGUGAAAAUUUUGAUGCAAUUGUUAAUGAAAUUCAAGAUCACAUAAAUCCAACCUCUCUUUGCCAAAAUUUCCUCCAUAUUUGUAAUUAA